UACAGAACUCCUAAAAAAACAGAUGUACACAAACUUACUGCCAUUAAUUAUUUUAAUAUUUACUUAUUUAGGCCUACUAGUUUAGGCCUAAAAUAUCUACUUAUUCAGAAAACAAACCUAAAUUUUUCCGUUUUAUAUCAGCAGCUAAUAGCCUACAUUUUUUAAAGCAUGAGUCCAGGGCUUGACCAAGUAGCAGGCUGGAGUCUUGUAUCAUUUUCAGGACUUGUUUUCACAUAUUACACUGUGUGGGUGAUAGUGUUGCCUUUUGUUGACUCAGAUCAACCCAUUCACAAUUUCUUCCUGCCAAGAUUUUAUGCAAUUGCUGGUCCUUUGUUUGCUGGAGUGCUGGCCCUUGUCUUGAUUUUUGCCUUUGUUAUCUAUGUGAAUAUCUCAUCAAAGAAGACUAAAAAGAGCUGAACAUUGUUGGAACAUGUUAUUGUAAACACACAGUGUUCAUUCCGUUUUGUCAUAUGUUGCUGUAUAAUUUAUUGUAAUUUUAAUGCAUUUACUGCCUUAAAUAAAAUGUGUUGUGUAUUU